CGGGGCCGGUCCGCCAUGAACAGCGUCGGCGAGGCCUGCACGGAACUGAAGCGGGACUACGACCAGUGCUUCAACCGCUGGUUCGCCGAGAAGUUCCUGAAGGGGGAGGCCGGCGCCGGGGGCGACCCCCGCGUGCAGCUCUUCAAGCGCUACCCGCCCUGCGUCCAGAAAGCUAUUAAGGAGAAGGACAUACCCAUUGAAGGCUUGGAAUUCAUGGGCUCCAGCAAAGAAAAGUCUGAAAACUCUUCAUAAACCUGAUGACGGCUGCAAUUCGACCCUCUGGAGGCUGUAAAACAGCCAAACAAGGAACUCUCACUAGUAACCUGUUAGUGUGAGUGGGGAGAUACAGGGUUCCUCCUCCUUGCAAUGUCUGUCUCAUCAAUCCAGUAGCUACUGCUUCAUUUCCACUGUUACUGGAAAAUGUUUUUAUCAUGACUGCCUGUACUUCACUUCCAUGUGAAAAAAUUGGCACGUGUGGGAAAAGGAACAUGAGGGAAGAAGCGAUGCCCUCUCCAUCUGCCGAGCCGCCUCCAGCCCACGGAACCUCUGGGAUGGGGACCGUGCCAGACUCCGCGGCUCCGCCCUCCCAAGGACACCAGCGGUGCCUUUCCAGCUGAUCUGACCUCCGCUGGUGGAGGUGGCGGCCUCCUGUGCGCAGACCCUCCGGCUCGAUCUCCCUGCAAGAGCAGCCGAUCAAGCCGAGAGUUCGCGGGGGGGUCCUCCAUCUCCAGGCGGCCCGGAGCACAUCAUGGGGCAGAGUGACAGGUCUGUUGUUGACUUCCUGCACAUCGAGUAGCUCUCCUGUUUGCCUUUUUGCCGUAGGGACAAUUUCUGUGUUUCUACUACUGCAUUUGCUUUUAAAGAAAGGCAAGUACCCCCCCCUUUUUUUUUUGACAAAGGAAGGUUUGCAAAACUGUUUUACAGCUCAUGAAGCAGGUUCUUACUUGUUAAUAAAGCUAGAAAAUAAGGGCAAAGUUUGCAUCUUCAGUUGCAAAGAAGUUGUUUAUUUUCCUUACCUAAAUCACCCAGUAUUUAAAUGAGUUCCCUUUUAAAUUUCUGCCUCUAAUACCAUGAAAGAAAUUCUAGAAAUGAAAUAAUUAGAUAUUUGACAUAAGCAUUAAUAAAUCCUUACCAAUUCUGAAGGCCAAACUGAGUUUGGCCUUCAGUUAAAGCAGUUUGAGCUGGUUUAAAGUGCCUCAACUUUCCUAACAUCUUUAAGAAAGCUGGAUCCAGCAUGAUCUUGGUAAAUGCUUCUUGCAGCAGAAAAGUCCUCUUUUCAAGAACGCUGCUGCUUUUUCCUGUUAACGCUGUCAUUGAGGCAGCAAGACUUCAAAAACUUCAGACUCUUAAUAUAGCAGGAAGCUCUGAAUCCCAGCCUGUGUCACUUGCACAGGCUCCUUUCCAGCAAGCAUCAUUGCCUUGAAAAGAGUGUUCCCGCAGUUGCAGGGUCCACUUUUUUCCAGAUCAAUAGAAUGUUGAUCCAUUGGUUGAAGCAGGAAUUGACUGACUGGCUUGUCGCCCGAGCCUGACAUCGUGGCCUGAGAGGGGGACUGGCCAGGGUCGCCCAGCUGGCUUUCAUGCCUAUGGCGGGACUAGAACUUGCUGUCUCCUGGUUUCAGGCCUGGUCCUUUACCACUAAACCAAACUGGUUUUCCUAUUGCCUUUGAAAGUGUUUCGAAGAAAUACCCCAUUCUUUUGUAGGUACAGGAGUAGGUCUAGCAUCAGCAUGAUGGAGCAGAUUCAGGCUCACUAUAGCAAACUCCAUAAUUUUAUCUUCAGUUUUAGAAAAUGGAUUUUGAGAGGGAAGCCCUUAGUGGGAGAGCACUGGACUAACCCUCCCCCUGGACCCACCCUGACAAAAUACCCUUUUGCAAUGCUUUACUCUCUCCCAGAUUCACCAGGAAACGCAGCAGCAGCAGCUCUGCAAACGUGCCAAGGCAAUCUAGAACUCACUUGCCUGUGUAUAAUGGAAAAAGAGAAAAAUCUUUGGAGACUGUCACUGGAGAUGUGGAAAUAGUUUUGCAGGAGAAAGUGCCUUACAACAUGAUUGAGCAGUUGAAUGUGUGUUCUGGUAUGUGCAAUAAUGGAAAUUAAAUUAGGAGAAUAAAAUGCAAAAAUAGAAGUGACUUGUGACUUGGCUUUAAACUGGGGAUUAUGUAUUAGACAGCCUGACAGAAGACCUGUUUCUACAUCAUCAUAAUAGCUAUUUAUCCAGGAGAAAUCAUGGCAACUUGAUAUUGGAAUUCCACCCUCAAACUGAUCAUACAGCUUUGGCUUGAACAGAGUGGAGGUGCUCCAAAACUACCAGAGGGAAUAUCUGUUACUAGAGCUGCAUGAUCCAAAAUGAAUAAGGGCCACAUUUCCUCCGAUGGGACAGUCUGGAGCUAGAACCUCCUCCACCCCCAUUCUCUUUACUAAUAUCUCCCUCCCAAGGGAAAGUUACAUUUUGAUCCCCCAGGCCAACUGCUGCAACAGGGUGAUGCGUCUCCUGCUAGUCUUUCUGCAGCUUUUAGUACAUUAGUACAGCCACCUACUAAUACUGUACCCUGCUCCCCUUUGGUCCCAGAGACGUAUCUCACCACAAAAAUAAAGAUCUGGGUAAGAUGCAAUUACAUACAACAGCUAUUUAUCACAUUGUGAAUUUUUUUUUAAGCAGUACUGGGUCUUUGAAAGGACUUCAGA